AUGCCACGGAUCCCAACAUUACCAGGAGUUGUCGUUCCGCCACGCUCUGACCAAGAACGGUGGUUGAAGAGUCAUGUAGCAAAACUUUGCCACCUGGAUCAUGAGAGAUUUCCUGGCAGUCAGCCAAUCAGUUUUGCAUCAGAACAUUUGCAACAAUUGGAACAGCGCGAUUACUGGGUGUGCGAGAAGUCUGAUGGCGUUCGCGUCCUUUUCUUCCUUCAAACCGACCUCACGUCAGGCAGUCAAGCAGUUUACCUUAUUGACAGACACAAUGAUUAUUACGAGGUUCCAGGAUUCUGGUUUCCUCAUCACGAACGGCGGAAGGAACCAUUGAGAGAUACCAUCGUCGAUGGAGAGCUCGUUAUUGAUGUAGACCCUCGCACCAAAAAAGAAACACUGCGCUUUCUCGCGUUUGACUGCCUCGUAGUUGAUGCGCAGAAUGUCAUGUCGCGAACACUGGACAAACGAUAUGGUCGUCUCACAGAAUGGUUUUUUAAACCCUUCUCAAUGAUGAUGCAAGAAUUCCCUCACAUGGCUGCUAGUCAGGCCUUCGAUAUCAAGGUUAAAAAGAUCAGCUUCUCCUAUGGUGUUGAAGAAGUGUUCCAGGUAGUCAUUCCCGCACUACACCAUGGCAACGACGGCCUCAUCUAUACUUGCGUGGAGACGCCGUAUGCGACAGGUACUGAUCCAAACAUACUGAAGUGGAAACCUCCUUCCGAGAACUCUAUCGAUUUCAAGCUCGUGUUACGGUUCCCUCCAUUGAAAAGUACUCCGUCGAAGCCAGACUAUCACGCGAAACCAUUCUUCGCUCUGUAUGUGUACUGUGGCGAUGAACAGGGACGACCGAAAUACGAAUCUUACGAUGAACUCUUUGUUGACGAUGAUGAGUGGGAGAUGAUGAAAUCAUCAGGCGAACAGAUUGAUGACAGGAUUGUCGAGGUUCACUGGGAUCCUGUUGUUUCCCAUUGGCGUAAGAUGCGCUUUAGGGAUGAUAAACCCAAUGGCAACUAUCGGACGGUAGUUGAGAAUAUCAUCCAAAGCAUUGCUGAUGGAGUUGAGAAGGAUGCGCUCCUCGAACGCUCUGGGGUGAUAAGAAAUGCUUGGAAAGCGCGUGCUCGGCCACAGCAGCCCUCUCAGAGAGCACCAGAUACUGCCACACGAGCGCUAUCAAACGGGCCCUCACUAGGGCAUGCCCCACCACCAAAUGUUCCAUUAAGAUACGGGCCCAUCGCAACUUCACGCUGGAGCAGGGCGUCUGGGCCCGCAAAGUUUGCUGGCAUGUAUCGCUGAUCCCAAUUCCUUGCACCUAUCACGUCACGCAUUGGAUCGCUGUCCAUCACGAUAUCAUGAUAGGCAACCGGAAUCUCAGACUAUUUGUACGUCCGUCGGGUUGUCAUCACCUGUCACACCCACACAUCCAUCAGAUCGCCCGUGAAGCAACCGAGUGAUGUCUCGGUUCUUGUUCCGGGGAAUGCAGCUCGCCGGAUAUGGACAUCUGGAAGUAUCGGGUCCACACAAUAGCUGUCCUCGCUUGUUGAUA